AUAAUUUCUAUCGAUAGGCAUUGAAAGCAGCAUUGACGUAGUUGGCUUCCACACAGGAAAUACGUGACUGACAGUGGCUAGCUGUGGCUGUUUUCACCGUGUAAACCCAGCUCCAGUAUGAGGCAUGGAGGGGCACAGUGUAACCAGAGUGGCCCUGCUGGCCUGUGGCUCUUUCAACCCUAUCACCAACAUGCACCUGAGGAUGUUUGAGCUGGCACGAGACCACCUGGAAGACACAGUAGGUAACUACCGGGUGGUGAAAGGCAUCAUCUCUCCAGUGGGUGACGGUUAUAAGAAGAAGGGUUUGAUUGAAGCCUGCCACCGUGUGGAGAUGGCGCGAUUGGCCACAGAGAGCUCAGACUGGAUCACUGUGGAUGCCUGGGAGAGUUUGCAGCCUGAAUGGGUGGAGACGGCUAAAGUGGUUCGACAUCACUACCAGAAAUUGGCUGCAGUGGAACAGAACAACGAUGACGUGGACACGGUCAAGUUUGCCAAAAAGAGACGCAUCGAGGAAAACUGUCACCAGGGUUCAUCUCAUCAGAGAAGCAGAGACAGUCCUCAGCUGAUGCUGUUGUGUGGUGCUGAUGUUCUGGAGUCGUUUGGCGUCCCCAAUCUGUGGAAGCAGGAGGACAUCGCAGAGAUCGUGGGUCGAUUCGGUUUAAUUUGCAUUACCCGCUGCGGCAACGAACCCCAGAAGUUCAUCCACCAAUCAGACGCACUGUGGAAGCAUCGCAAGAACAUCCACGUAGUGCACGAGUGGGUGACCAACGACAUCUCGGCCACACAUGUGCGUCGCGCUCUUCGUCGAGGUCGGAGCGUCAGGUACCUGCUGCCAGAUGCCGUGGUUCAUUACAUUCAAGACCAUGAGCUCUAUAGCGCUGAGAGCGAGCAGAAGAACGCUGACGUUAUCCUUGCACCGCUCCAGAGGUACGCCGGUGCUUCAUCGAGCUGAGGAUGACUACAACAGAAGCUGAAUACACUAAACCAGCGCUGUCAAACUCAUUUUAGUUCAGGGGAUAAAUUCAACCCAAUUAGAUCUCAACUGGGUCGGUCCAGUAAAAUAAUAAUAUAAUAACCUAUAAAUAAUGACAACUCCAAACCUUUCCCUUUGUUUUAGUGCAAAAAAGUAAAAUUACAUUAUGAACAUGUUUAGAUUACAAACUGUCCUUUCACAAAAAACAUGAAUACCCUGAAAUUCCUUAAGAUUACUACGCCUCAGUUUGUCAUUUACAUACGUGCAUUAAAACUUACAGAUCACUGUGGAUCUACACAGACACAAAACAUUGAGUAACAGGCGUAAUAUUGUUAAAAUUGUCCUUAUUUAUCUCGAGAAAUUUCAGGUUGUUUAUAGGAUAGUUUGCAAGUGUGAACAUUUUCAUAAUAUAAUUUUACCUUUGCAAUUUUUCACACUAAAAUAAAGACAUUUGUUAUUAUUUAUAGGUGUUUAUGCACUUGCUACACUGGAGAUCAGAUUAGGCUGAAUGUGGCCCCUGAACACAUCGACUGUUAAUAUCUUCAGGGUUAUUUUUGCACUUUGCAAAUCCUUCCUGGUUUUGGCCCGUGGGCUGUAUGUUUGACACCCCUGUACUAAAUGCUGUGCUUUGGGUAUAAUGUGCCUCAAACAGAUCAAUAUACACAUUUAAGCUUCCGGUACUGCCUAAUUUUUUAGCCUUUUCUAGAGACGUGUGUGUGUUUUUAGAAGUAUGAAACUAGUAACUUUCCUGAAUGAAGUAAUUUAGCACGAGUUUCUUAUCGCUAUGAGUAAGUCUGUGUGUGAGAAGCUGCAUUAGAGUCACAAAGAAAACAGUUGAGCAACAGUUCAACCAGCUUUACUUUCAUUUACAGUUGCACAUAACUCUAUUGUGUGUUUGUUUAGAUAGAGACUGUGUGAGUCUUAUCGGUAUGAAUUGUGUUUUACAUUGCACAAAAGUAGAACAAAUCCAUUCUUAACAAAUAUACUUCAAUAUCACUUUCACCACAUCUUUACUUUCUUUUAACUAAAGCAGGAUUUUUUUGUUUGUUUGUUUGUUUGUUCCACCAAAGAAGAGGCUUGAAACAUAUGGAAUUACUGCUGUAGAUUUAACCAGGAAGAUGUGAUUUGUUUUGACCAGAAGCAGAAUAAACCACUCCUUUUAUUUUCCACA